AACCCAAAGGCAGUCGCCAGUCGUCCGCAAUCACAGCCGGAUUGCAGUGGGUUGCCUUUGGCAGAGCAAAAGUGUUUGUAAUCCAGGGACACUCCUGACAGACAGACAGCCAGACAAAUAUGUCAUGUGAUGAGAGAACAGCGCUGCUGGCAUCGCAGCAAGGACACCAGCAGCACGUCAUUGUUGUGCCAAAGGAUCCAAAGGAUUAUGAACCCAUUUUCACAACUGCUGACUACUCGUUCGGUCUGACGCUGGAUGAGCUGCUGCCCUUCGCCCUGGAUCCCUGGUGGCAGAGUGUACGGCGUCUGUGCUCGUUCUGCCUCGGGUUCAUCUUCCUGCUGACCCUCUGCACCGCACUGGUACUGGCGCACCACUCCAGCGAUGGCUGUCGGUCAAAUAGAGCAAUUAGCACGACCGGCACGACCACAAACAACGCCACGGCAUACCCGUUCCCCCUCUCUGGGCCAGUGGCCUUGGCAUCCAAUGGCACUCAGCUGCUGCUGGCCAGUUUAUAGGCUAAUCCCAGAGCUCUUGGCGCUGCCGCAAUACCACCCAUGGGAUUACAUCAGCCGCACUCGCUCCCAAUACCGCCAGCUGUUUGGCUUUCCGGCAACGACUAAGGCUUUCCUUUCCCGCCUGCGAGCUGCGAGUAUUCCUCCAUUUGCUGACUAAGCGAUAAGCUUGGUACGGCACUACGACAGUACAGAAUCGCAUUGUGGAUGGAUGAUUCGUGUUUGAUUACAAGCUUACUUUAAUUGACAUUAUUUGCUAUUAAUUUAUAUUUUUAAUAAGUACAAUUAAACACGAUUACACACACGAA